AUGUCCUCAGCCGACAAGUCCUCGGGCGACAAGAAGAUUACAGGAUGGGCAUCGGAGGAUGGCUCGUUCAAGCGCCAGUCUAGUAGCUUCCGCGACGUCAUUGAGAAGGGAGGCAAAUUCGAGCCGGAGAAGGGCCGGUACCACCUGUACGUCUGCCUGGCUUGCCCCUGGGCGCACCGAGCUUUGAUUGUGCGAGAGCUCAAGGGUCUUCAGGACUACAUCGACGUCUCCACAGUCCACCCCCACAUGCUCGAAGGCGGCUGGCACUUUGUCUCCCCCUCGAACGCCUCCAAGGAGCCCGCACCUGUCAGCGAGCACAGCACCGACACCUUCCCCGGUGCGACCGCCGACAAGCUGUACGGUUCCGCCUACAUGAGCGACCUCUACUACAAGGCCGACAAGGACUACAAUGCCCGCUUCACCGUGCCCGUCAUUUGGGACAAGAAGGGCGAGACUAUCGUCAGUAACGAGUCGAGCGAGGUCAUCCGGUUCCUCAACACCGGGUUCAACGACUCGCUCAGCGGCAAGGAGAAGGAGCUGGAUCUGUACCCCCAGGAACUGCGGGCGGAGAUUGACGAGCUCAAUGAGUGGGUGUACAAUGAUGUCAACAACGGCGUGUACAAGUCGGGGUUCGCGACCAAGCAGGACGCGUAUGAGACGGCGGUCAACAAGCUGGAGGCGGCGCUCAAGAAGCUCGAGGAGAGGUUGAGCGAUGGACGGGAGUUCUUGGUUGGCGGCAGGUUGACCGAGGCGGACAUUAGGCUCUACACUACUAUCGUGCGCUUUGACCCCGUCUACCACGGCCACUUCAAGUGCAACUUCGGUACCAUCCGCCACGACUUCCCCAAGCUCAACCUUUGGCUCCGCCGGCUGUACUGGAACAACCCAGCCUUCAAGAACACCACAGACUUUGCUCAUAUCAAGGAGCACUACUACUACUCGCACGCUCAGAUCAACCCUACUCGGAUCGUUCCCGUCGGUCCUCACCCAGACAUCGAACCGCUUGACAAGGACAGCAAGUAA